AUGGCCGGAGACGUUGCUAUGAAUGACGGAUUGAUCGGGAAUGAGGAGAGGACGAAUGCUGAGGGUGAUCGAUUCGGUGAAAGGCUGUCGGACGGGCCUAUGAUGCGCCGAAGGAGGGAGGUUUGUCAUAAUGAGGGCUUGUUUACGGAGAAUAUGCAGCAGGAGGGAGGGGGUACGGGUACUGAUGGUGGGCGGCAUAUGCAUGAGGGCGGUGAUGUUGGCAAAAGGGGGGGCGGUGAUGUUAGAGAUUUGGUUGGCAGAAGGGGGGGGGGUGAUGUUGGAAGCUUGGUUGGCAGAAGGGGGGGCGGUGAUGUUGGAAGCUUGGUUGGCAGAAGGGGGGGCGGGAUUGUGGGUAAUUUGGAUGGCAGAAGGGGGGGAAAUAAUUUGGGCAAUAUGGAUGGUGGAUGGGAGGGCGGUGAUGAGGGCAGUAUGGAUGGCAGAUUAGAGGGCGAGGGUGUGGGCGGUUUGAAUGGAACGGGUGUUAGCAUCAGUCUGGUAACCGGUGCGUGGGGUACAGGUAACGGAGAUCCAAAGGGGUUUGUUCUUGUUUGUUUUUUUCCACAAAACUGA